AUGGCCCCUCCGCGCCUCGCCCGUCUUCCCCGGUGGAUCAGCCACUGGCUUGGCUAUCGUCCAGAAGCCGUAAAGCCACUCCCUAAAUACCAAGUCGCUCUAUGGUCCUUUAUAACCUCAUUCUGCGGCCUAUCGGUGGUACAAGCAAUUUUCAACUAUUCCGACUACUUCAACGAGCGCAAUGUACCAGGUAUAAUCGCAUCCUAUGGUGCAUCCGCCGUCCUCGUCUUCGGCGCAAUCGAAAGCCCCCUCGCGCAACCACGCGCUCUAGUCUUCGGCCACUUCUUCAGCGCCCUGAUCGGCAUCUGCAUUACCAAAUUAUUCAGCCUGAUGCCUGACCAAGAGCGGUUUGAGUCCCUGCGCUGGCUGGCCGCUUCACUUUCAACCGCUAUUGCUAUUGUCGUUAUGCAAUUGACGGGUACGACUCAUCCGCCUGCUGGAGCGACUGCUCUGCUCCCGGCUACUAGUGAGGAGAUUUGGAAGCUUUCUUGGUACUUCUUGCCUGUAGUUCUGCUGUCUUCUGCUAUGCUCUUGGUGUGUGCGCUGCUGUUCAAUAAUUUGCAUCGGAGAUAUCCUGCUUUUUGGAUCGAGCCUACUCCGCCCAAGCCUGCGCCUCCUGCUCCGGUGCCGGCGCCUGUUGAUGUUUCUUCAGGAGAGGAGAAGUCAGUGAAGAGUCCUGUUUGA